AUGUCGUCGCUGCUCGUCAACGCCGUGGGUGACGUGGCCUUCGAGGUGGUGGCGGCCGCAUCGCUGGCCGCCGUGGCGUCCGUGGCCGCGCUAGGCGCACACUGCACCAAGCGCCAGCACGGGCCCGAGGAGGCGUCGACGCCCGCGCGCAAGAAGCGCCGCCAGAAGAAGAAGAAGGGCCCCUCUGGUGACGCGGCCGCAGAGCUCAAGCAUCCGGUGGUCGUAGCCAACGGCGUGGCCGUCAACACGGAGCCCGUGGUCGCCGAGCUCAAGCGCCGCGCGGCGUCCGACAAGUGGCGCCACAAAAUCGUGUACACGUUCCUGGACGACCUGGGCCGCGAGACCGUGAACCUGAGCUUCGAGGACGUGGACCGCGCGGCGCGGAAGAUAGCGGCGGCGCUGCAGCGCGACGCCGGCGCCGUCAAGGGCGACAGGGUCAUGCUGUGCUACCCUCCGGGCCUGGACUUCGCGCUGGCCUUUUGGGGCUGCCUGUACGCCGGCGUCGUGGGCAUCCCCGUGUACCCGCCGUACCCCGGGACGCUGACCAAGGAUCUGCCCAAGUUCAACCGGCUGGUGGAGGACUCCGGGGCUGCGGUUGUGCUCACCAACACGACGUACCACCUCGCGAGCAAGAUGGCCACGGUCAAGGGCUACUUCUCCACGGACAGGACGUCGUGGCCGGCCAACUUGAAGUGGAUCACCACCGACAGCCUGGCGGACUCGCUGGUCGCGCAGUACGACGAGGAGGACGCGCUGUCGCUCACGCACAACGAUGUGGCCUUCUUCCAGUACAGCUCCGGCUCGACGUCGGCCCCCAAGGCCGUCAUGAUCUCGCACGGCAACCUGAGAGCGCAGCUCAAAACGUGGGAGAGCAUCGUGCCCACAGACACGAUGGUGAGCUGGCUGCCGAGCUACCACGACAUGGGCCUGGUCGGCUUCAUCAUCACCCCGUGUGUCACCGCGGCGAGAUGUGUGAGCAUGUCGCCCAUCAGCUUCAUCAAGGACCCGGCGCUCUGGAUGCGGACGGCGAGCAAGUACAAGGCCACGCACGUGUGCGCGCCCAACUUCGGCUAUGCGCUGGCGGCCAGAAAGACGAGCGACAAGCAGGCUGCCGAGAUGGACCUCAGUACCCUCAAGCAGACGAUCUGCGCGGCUGAGCCCAUUCGUCGUGAGUCGCUGGACGCGUUCACGAGCAAGUUCAAGGCUGCAGGAUUCGACCCCAACUCGUUCAACUGCGGCUACGGCUUGGCGGAAGUGACGCUGGUGUGCACCGGCCAGGAGCCACCCCAGAAGCCGACGCUGCUGGAUGUGCACAAGUGCAUUUUGGAGACGGAGCGCAAGGUCGCCGUGGUGAGCUCCAAGAAGGGCAAGCAGCCCCCUGCCAACGACGUUAUGCAGCUCGUGGGAUGCGGUAAGGCUAUGCCGACGUUCAAUGUGACUGUCGUGGACCCGGACUCCAAGAAGCCGCUUGACGAGCUGCAGGUUGGUGAGGUCUGGGUGCAGGGUCCGUCCGUGGCGGUCGGAUACUGGAACCGCCCCGAAUAUACCGAGGAGAUGUUCCGCGCACAACUCGCCGGCGAGAAGAACUCGAAGAACACCUACCUUCGCACGGGUGACAUGGACCUCAUCAUUAUCCGCGGCCGUAACGUGUGCCCACAAGAUGUGGAGGCCUCUGUUGAGCACGCUCACGAAAAUGUCCGUCCUGGCUGCACUGCCGCUUUUUCCAUUGAAAAGGGUGAUGAGGAAGCACUCGUGGUGGUUGCGGAGGUGAAGAAUGGAUCGUCGCAGCAGACGCUGGAAGAGAUUUGCCGUGAGAUCAUCAAGACGGUGCUCUCAGAGCACCAGCUGAAGUGCGAGGCGAUUGUGCUGCUCCGUCAGAAGACGAUUCCUAAGACCACGAGCGGCAAGAUCCAGCGCAGUGCCUCGAAGGCCCAUUUCCUGGCGGGAACGCUUACCAAGCCUCUGUUCGAGUACAAGGCGAAGGGAGGCAAUGCUCAACUGAAGACCCCCGAUGAAAUUCUCGCAUGGCUGCUCGAGCAUGUGGCUCAGGAGAUGGAAGUGCCAACGGCGGUUGGCGACGGAGAGAGCUCGAACGCGGUGUCAGAGACGGCUAACCCGGCCGAAAUUGACCCGAACACCCCGUGGGCGAUGUUUGGAAUGGAUUCGGUGGCGAUCGUUGGACUGUCUUCGGAUUUGGGUGAAUUCCUUGGCUGCAUUGUGUCUCCGUCCGCAUUCUUCCAGUACGACACGCCGUUCAAGCUUGCGAAUGCUCCUGGCCUUGCGUCUGGCGACCUUGCUGGUGGCGACGAAGGUGACGAGCAGAGUGGGCCCGCGCAGACUGCUACGACGGUCGAGGAGAUCGACUCAAGCUGCUUCGAGAUCGACAACUUCCCGGAGGUACAGGGGCUGUUCAGCCAAAUGAAGGAGUUCGAGAGUGCAGGAUUGCGCGUCCCCUUCUUGGAGACGCUCACACCCGAGAAGCGUCGUAUGACGAACUUCAACACGUACAACUACCUUGGAAACGCCUCGGACCCUGAGGUGGCUGCUGCGUCGAAGGCGGCUAUCGAGGAGUACGGAACGACUAUGAGCUCGUCUCCGAUUGUGGGCCAGACGCAGGUUAAUGUGGACUUGGAGAAGGCGCUGUGCACGUUUUUCAACGCCGAGGCCAGCAUUCUCUUCGUCGGCGGCUGGGUGUCUAAUGUCACGACGAUCGAUGCGUUGGUGUCCAAAGGCGACUUGAUCCUGUGCGACGCGCUCAACCACGAUUCCUGUGUGAGCGGCCAGCGCCUCAGUGGUGCAACCAUCCUGCCGUUCCCGCACAACGACACCAAGGCGCUCGAGCGUAUGCUGUCCAAACUGCGCACAAAGUACCGUCGUGUUCUCAUCGUGAUCGAGGGCGUGUACAGUAUGGAUGGUGAUAUCCCGGACGUGCACGAGAUGGUCCGCAUCAAGAAGAAGUACAAGGCGCUGCUCUUCAUUGACGAGGCGCACUCGUUCGGUACGAUGGGAGCUACGGGCCGUGGCAUUUGCGAGCACUUUGACGUAGACCCGAAGGAAAUUGAUGUGCGCAUGGGCACCAUGAGCAAGGCUUUGGGAUCGGUUGGUGGCUUCAUCCUCGGCUCCCAGACACUGAUCAAGUACCUGAAGCACUGCGCUGGUGGCUUCGUGUUCUCGGUUGGCUUGGCCCCGGCUUGCGGGUCGGCUGCCCUGAAGUCUGUCCAGCUUAUGACGGAAGGUCCGUCGCGCACUAUGACGCUGCAGGAGCGGAGUAAGUAUUUCUACGAUCUGUGCAAAGAGCACAAGAUUCCGAUGGGCGAGAACACCUUCCGCGGCGCGCCGGUGGUGGUGGUGAUGAUUGGCAGCACCAUCGCGACCGCCAAGGCCUCGGAGUUCCUGGCGCUGCACAAGAUCAACGUGAAGCCCAUCGUGUACCCCGCGGUGGAGGAGGGUAAGUGCCGUCUGCGCUUCUUCAUCUCGGCGCUGCACACGCCCAAGCAGCUGGAAGACACCGUCGUCACUCUGAAGAUCUACCUUCGCGACGGAUUCUCGAGCGAGAGCAAACCGGCGCUGGCUGCCGAGGUGACUGCAUCCCCAACGCAUGCAGUCGCCAAGGCCACUGAGGACGACGGAUUCAAGACAGUCAAGAAACGCAAGUCAAAGAAGAAAAAGAGCGCCCAGGCGAAGUCGACCGCUUAG